ACAAUGUAAAUAAAGCGGAUUUCAAAACAAAAGCCGUGAUCAGCUGAGAGAAACUUACUGAAUUAACCGCGUUGGACAUGUACUAUCCCUGCCUAGCUCUCAUGGUAGACGAUUUUUCACAAGCUUGAGGAAAACUCUCGCCUCGAGACGGCCGGAUUGUUUUCGUAAGAGCUGGAGGAAACUCUGUAGAGUGAACUUCAUCUAUAGAGUGUAGUGAAAAUCUAAACCCUUACUUGAUGGACUCUGAUUCCAGUUUGGAUGCAGGAGAAGAUCCUGAAUCAGCCCAGUAUAUGGAUCAUGAUAACCAAACAAAAAGAACCAGAGAAGAACUAGAAAGUGAUAACCAAGAAAACCCAAUCUCAAAACAACCGAAAAACAAAGAAGCCGGAUGGAAAACACCGGCAGAACCCCAACCAACAACAAGUAACAACUUAACAAAUAUGGAGGUGCAGAUCAUCCAUCUACAAUAAAGUACCACAUAUUAAGACACACAAAGAUUUUCCUACAAACAACUAAAUUAUCUGAUAUAAUUUAAGAAACAAGAAGCCUAGAAAAAGAAGAUCCAGGGGAUAUAGACAACAGUCGUCUUAAACCCUAUAACAAGAAAGAAGAAGAAGAAAGCCGUGAUCAGCUGAGAGAAACUUACUCUUUUAACCGCGUUGGACGAAAAUUACCGAUUCAGAAUGUUAGCAUCAUCGGAAGAGAGUGACAUGGACGAAGAUGACUUAGACGACUCUCUUCCAUUCCUUGGAGCAAGUGAUGAAAGCUUUUCAAAACCAAGCGAGAGAACCAAGACGGACUACGAAUUCCUCGUCAGCGCAGAAUUGUCUGACCAGCACCGGAAUGACCAGCUGGAGAAGCUAGACAGGGAAAUCACGCUGUUUAAUUAUGAAGAAGACGAUGUUCCAGUCCCCAAGAUACAAGUUCCAGAUGUUGAACAAAGACAGAUUGAGUUGCAUCCACCGGGAAUAGUGUUCUUUUCAACCGAUCGCUGUCGCCUUUACACAGAAGACACAUUGUUGUGGCCGUUUGCCGAUUCCUCUUCAAAUCCCUUAGGGAGUCUUUCUCCUGAUAAGGUGAAGGUGUAUAUCAAGGAGGGACUUUUUCAGAGAGUAUAUUCAUCAAAAGGCACAACCAAACUUAUGAUGAAGUACUUGUUCCACCUCUGCUGUUGCACUACAGACGUGGAGCUGCUCUACCCAACCUACAACACUCUUUGUUACAUAGCGGAGAACAAUGAAUGCCACUUGAACAUUUGCCCGGAACUUUAUUUGGCAUUAGCUAAUCUAGGAGCCGACAUGAAAAAGUAUGGCAAGGACCCCUCCCAUAUAAAAUCGCCAGUGCUGCCUUCUUUUCCCGCAGUCGACCCUCCUGAACAGCCUGUCUCGACGAAAAAGAAUUUAGCUCUGAUGCUACAGUUCCUGGGAGUGUUGUUAACCCACAGCAGGAAGUGCAGCGAGGACGACCUAGACGAGCUUGUCAAAAUAUUCGUGGCUGUCGGUCUAGAUCCGACUGUUAUCAAUACCGGGUUAGACUUGCAGGUUGCUACUUGUAUUAGUCGCACCCUCGGCCUGUACCCAACGCAGCAAGUAUUUUUUCAGAGAGUUCAAGGCCUAGUAGAAGAUAUAGGCCUAGUAGAAGAUAUAAUCACUUACUGUGAUCGUAACCAUCACACAGUAUCUCAUGUUUGUACCAUGUAUAUUCAGCCAACGUGCCUAGGACAAAUAUUGCGCAAAUCCAUUGCUUUUCGGCAAGUAGAGCUCUCACUCCAAGCCAAGGAAAAGAACAAUUUAGAUCUAGUGGAAAUAGACGAUGUGGUGGAUCUCAUCGAAAGCCAGCUGGAAGUUUUGAGUGCGGAAGAGGAUGGAUACCUACUGCACUCUGUCAUGAAGCUCCUGGUCUGCUGCGUAGGGGAUGGGCCCUUCACCCCCACGCAGAAGAAAUCACUGAGACACAUGUGCGAUCUCCUUAACCCAGUCAUCAUCAGUAAAAGGGUCAAGGUAGACGACAUGUACUCGAGCCUCUUCCGUUUCUACUCAAGAAAGGUGAUUGAUAAAUGGAAGUGCCAGGCUCAGGGCACAACAGGAUGACAGCAAACACUCCAUGAGAUGCAAACAAGUUCAGUAAGCAGGGAAGAAAUAGACCCGAUAUAUCCCGGUAGCAGAGGUCGCGAGAGGAGGAGGAGUGUUUUCACUGGAGUACCACAGCGAAAGGGAUUUCUUUUCCUUCUUGCUUUCUGAACGAUUUUUUUGGGGGGGGGAAAGAUGUCACAGCGAGGUUGAAAUACGGAAAGAGUUGUAGAUUACGACUACCUUGACCCUGUAGAUGUUUUAUGCAGAAGUGUAUUUUUUUUUCUUUCUUUUCUUUUCUUUUGUUUAUCUCUUUUUGAUAAAACUAAUAUCUGCUAUAUGCUGUCAGAAACAAAAUGUGUGUGUGUGUAUUUGUGUGUGUGUGUGUGUGUGUGUGUGUGUGUGUGUGUGUAUAUAUAUGUUAUUAUUACACUAGAAUUGUAACUUAUAUGCCCUUUCCUUCUGCUUCAUAAAAUAUCCAGUGCGUUUGGUGUUGUAUUCUUUGCUAAGAAUGUAUUGCUCAAAUAGUAUUUAUCCCUCUGUAUUAGAAUUUGUAUUGUAGGGGAAAGACUAGUGUUCUACCCUUAUAGUGUGUAACCACAGUGUAAAAGAGUACCUUAAUUCUGUGAUAUAGCUUAAUGGUUUGUCAGUUGAGUCACUCGCUUAUUCUAUUUUAUAUGGAAGAAAAAUGCUGCGUCAUGUUUGUCAUUUCAUUAUUUACUCUUCAUUAUGUGAUUUUCACCAGGUAUUGUUGGGAUGGAAGUACCUAUGUUUGUGUGCUUGCAUUUAUGCGAGCACAGAAGCAUUAACACAAACAUUCAUUCCUUCUACCUCUUUUUUUUUCUCUCUCUCUCUCCUUUUCUUAUUAUCUCUUUCUCCUUUUUCUUCUCUCCCUCACUUUCUUUCUUUCUAUCUCUUUUGUCUUUCUUUUUCUCUCCCACUCUUUCUUUCUUGCUCUAUUUCAUCCUCUCUUUCCCUCUCUCUCUCUCUCUCACUCUCAUUCUCUCUCUCUCUCUCUCUCUCUCUCUCUCUCUCUCUCUCUCUCUCUCUCUCUCUCUCUCUCUCUCUCUCUCUCUCUCUCUCUCUCUCUCUCUCAUUCUUUCUCUCUCACUCAUUCUUUCUCCCUCCCUCUCAUUUUCUCUCUUUCUCUCUCCCUCUCUUUCUUUCUUUCAUUCUCUCCCUCCCUUCCUUUCUGUCUUUAUCUCUCUCUCUCUCUCUCUCUCUCUCUCUCUCUCUCUCUCUCUCUC